UGCAGCGCUCUGCGCCAAGCGUUUGCUGAUUGUUUUCAUGACGUGUUCGAAGAACUUAGUAAAUUUGUUGGAAUCUUGAAGUAAUUUAUCAAUAUGAUGCAAAUAUCAGAUUUUCAAAAAAUUGGUGUUGGUUUGGCGGGGUUCGGCAUUGCCUUUCUCUUCCUUGGCAUUCUUUUCUUCUUUGAUAAAGGACUACUCGCCAUCGGCAAUAUUUUAUUCGUUUGUGGACUUGCUUUUGUGAUUGGACUAGAAAGGACGUUCCGGUUUUUCUUUCAACGCCACAAAGUGAAAGCAACAGGGUUCUUCAUGGGAGGCAUGUUUGUUGUGCUUCUUGGUUGGCCCGUCAUUGGAAUGGUCUUAGAAAUUUAUGGAUUUUUCUUAUUAUUUAGUGGAUUUUUCCCAGUAGCUGUUAACUUUUUACGAAGAGUACCUGUCAUAGGAACCUUAUUAAAUUUACCAGGAAUCAGAUCUAUUGCAGACAAAGUCGGAGAGUCCAAUUCAAUGAAAAAGCAUUCUGCAUAACUCGUCACUAGCUUCCUUGUGAUAUAAUUUUAUGAAAGGUCAGAAUUCCUUCUGGUACAUUCAGAAGCCCCUUUUGCUUUGAAUAUGUGUAUAUCUUUUAUUUGCCUGAAGGUUGUUUAUUUGCCUGAAGGUUGCUAUAUAUAUCUUUGAUGUGCCCUUUGUAUCUCUUUGAUAUGCCCAGUGUAUAUCUCUGAUGUGCGCUGUGUAUGUCUUUGAUGUGCCCUGUGUAUAUCUUUGAUAUGCCCUAUUUAUAUCUUUGAUAUGCCCAGUGUAUAUCUCUGAUGUGCGCUGUGUAUGUCUUUGAUGUGCCCUGUGUAUAUCUUUGAUAUGCCCUGUGUAUAUCUUUGAUAUGCCAUGUGUAUAUCUUUGAUAUGCCCUGUGUAUAUCUUUGAUAUGCCAUGUGUAUAUCUUUGAUAUGCCCUGUGUAUAUCUUUGAUAUGCCCUGUGUAUAUCUUUGAUAUGCCCUGUGUAUAUCUUUGAUAUGCCAUGUGUAUAUCUUUGAUAUGCCAUGUGUAUAUCUUUGAUAUGCCCUGUGUAUAUCUUUGAUAUGCCCUGUGUAUAUCUUUGAUAUGCCAUGUGUAUAUCUCAGAUGUGCCCUGUAUAUAUCUCUGAUGCGCCCUGUGUAUAUCUCUGAUGCGCCCUGUGUAUAUCUUUGAUGUGCCCUGGGGGUAUAUCUCUGAUAUUCCCUGUUUGUAUCUCUGAUGUACCCUGUGUAUAUCUCUGGAAGUGCCCUGUUUGUAUCUCUGAUGUGCCCUGUGUGAUAUGCUGGUGAUGGAAUAUUUGUAUACUGAACCAUUUAGGCCUGACCAGUGAUGACCUUGUGUUGGACAGAGAGCACAGACUUGUGAGUGGAGAAUACUGUACAAAGACAGUUGGGAUGCUCAAUGCUUUAUGGACAUGGUGAUCAGUAAAGACAUACACAUGAGGUUGUCCAAAGUGUGAGAUUUAAUACAUGUGUUUCAGAUAUGCCAGUGAUAAUGCUAAGAACAUUGUCCAUGUAUAAAAUAUUAAAAAAGUGUUCACAUAGGAAAUCUAAUAUUUUGUCUUUACAACGUUAAAUUUGUCUUUUGUUUAUGUUGAUGAUUGUUUAUGAAUUACCAUAGAAUAUUUUCAUUUUGUUACCUUGUCUUGUGUGCUAGACAUUUAAGAGAAGUCCAUUAUGGUUGUUGUAUUUCAGUGUGACAUUAUACAUUGGUAAGUAAUAGUUAUGUGAAAUAUGUCCAUUUUUUUUAAGCUCACCUGAGCAUGUAGUGUUCAAGGUGGGCUGUUGUGAUCGUUUUUUCUCUGAUGUCUGAUGUCCAUCGUAAACAAUUUCUAUAAACAACAUUUCACCCUAAACAGGUUGGACAAUUUUGAUGAAACUUCACAGGGAUGUUCCUUUUUGUGGUGUCCUUUGAAAACUAAUUCCAUCAGAACCCAUGGCAACUAAAAAGAAAACGUUUAAAAAUCUUAUUAACAAAAUCGUAAGGCACAGAGCUUAGAUACUUGGUGUAUAACAUUGUCUAGUGGUCCUCUACCAAUUUGAUACUUGGUGUAUAACAUUGUUUAGUGGUCCUCUACCAAUUUGAUACUUGGUGUAUAACAUUGUCUAGUGGUCUUCUACCAAUUUGAUACUUGGUGUAUAACAUUGUCUAGUGGUCCUCUACCAAUUUGAUACUUGGUGUAUAACAUUGUCUAGUGGUCCUCUACCAAUUUGAUACUUGGUGUAUAACAUUGUCUAGUGGUCCUCUACCAAUUUGAUACUUGGUGUAUAACAUUGUCUAGUGGUCCUUUACCAAUAAGGGUCAAAAGCUGCCUCACCUCUUUUGACCUACUUUCUUUUCUCUGUAGCUACAGCACUGAUAUUUGGACCAUGUGUAUAGUUUUGAAUACAAAUAUCAAUGUUGUCUUUGGUGACCUUGAUUGUGAUAAUUUGACCUACUUUCUAUUUUUUUAAGCUACAGUAUUGGAAUUUGGAUCAUGUGUACAGUGUUGCAAUCAAAUAUAAAUGUUUUCUUUGGAUGACCUUGACUCUGACCUUUUGACCUAUUUUCUUGUUUAUGAAGCUACAGCAAUGACUGUGUGUACAGUUUUAUUAUAUGCAUAUCAAUGUUGAGCUUGGAUUACUUUGAUUGUGACCUUUUGAUGUACUUCCUUAUUUUUGAAGCUACUUUAAUGAAAUUUGGAACAUGUGUACAUGUGCACAGUUUUGAAAACAGACAUCAAGCUUAGAAAUUUAGUGUGUAACAUUGUCCAAUUGUCCUGUACCAAUUUUGUUCAAAUUAUGCCAUGGGUUCAAAAAUGGCCCCACCCUUGGUCACCUAUGGUACAUAGAGAUAUAAAAGAAAACAACCUUAAAACUCUACCGCUAAGAUAUUUGGUGCAUACAUUGUUGAGUGGUACCAAAGGUCUUAAACCUUUAAUCAGUCGAGCGAUUUAGAGCCAUCAUGGCCCUCUUGUUUAUUUAGUUUUAUGUUUGAAAUGAAUGUUUAUUGCAUGAUUUAUUUAUUUGUACAAGUGCAAAUAUACCUGAAAGUUAGCAAACAAUGUAAUACUGUUUAUGCAACAGUUACAUCUUCAUUGUUUUUAGCUUCCACAUUACUUUAAUGUAUCUGUUGUUUCAGAAAAUCAUGUCAGGGUGUGAUGCUUAAGGCUCAAGACAAAGUGCACAUUAAUUUAUCUAUAAGUUUUAAUAUUUUCUUUAAUGAAAUUGAUACACUAGCAUAUAUACCAUUUUUUCAUCUUUAAUGUUUUAUGUUUUUCAUAUACAUGUUUGUUUUAUUGCAAAUGAAAGACCUAUGACUAAUAUUUCAGAAUUAACAGAAACAUUUUAUGAAUUGCCUUCAUGGUUUUACUGCUAAAUAGUUCAUGCUGUUCUUUUCCUUUCAUUAGAUUCCGCCAAUAAGUCCCAUAUUUGAAAUAAAUUGUGUUGUAUAAGAAAUAUUACCUGGGCGUUAUUUUAUGGAAAUAGGACUUCUGAAAUACUUUCUUUGUGACAUAACAGUUGUAUUGUUUUGCCAGGACGUUCUUCUACCCUGAAUUCAGCUACUGAGACAAAUCUACAAGCAUUUUAAUCCACAUUAUGUAUCUUCAAAAACAUUAGUUUUCAAUUUCUAUCUGUUCAUCCCAUAAGUAUUUUGUUUUAUUUGGAUUUAAAAUGUAUGUAUUCGAUUAUAAUGUCUUAAUUACAUUGGUGAACAAAUAAUUUUGCACCAAACUCUGCAUAUAAAAUCAGUCAACAAAUGUGUUGAACAAAAUGAUUUUGUUGUACUUCCAUUGUUUCGCCAAAUUUUGUAACUAAAUUCAUGACAACAAUUGUUCUGAAUAUGUGUAAAUUUUAUUAAUAAAAUUUGUAAACAAAU